GGAAACCGAUUUCAUGAAAGACACUUCAGCAUUAUCAUCACCAGUGUCCCAUCAACACCUCCUUUCAAGCCAGCAAUAGUCCGGCCACUCGCGUUUUGCAUCCUCUUGAUUUGUUGACGACGUUGCUGAUUUGCCACUAUGGAUUCAUGAUAUCAUCGUCGAAACCAGCAUGAUCGUACCAAACCGCGCCCCCCUGCUCAUGACAUUCUGAUCUCUCCCUGCGCCCCCACCGAACGGGGAUUCCUCCACCAUGACUUCCCUCAAACAGUUUAUCCGCAACGUUCGAGCCUCCAAGACUAUUGCAGACGAGCGCGCCGUUGUCCAGAAGGAGAGUGCCGCCAUUCGUGCCAGUUUCCGCGAGGAGUCCGGCGACUCCAACGUCAGGCGGAACAAUGUCGCCAAACUACUCUACCUCUUCACACUUGGAGAACGUACCCAUUUCGGCCAGAUUGAAUGUCUCAAACUUCUCGCCUCCCCUCGCUUUGCCGACAAAAGAUUGGGAUACCUCGGUACAAUGCUUCUACUCGACGAGAAUCAAGAAGUCCUGACUCUGGUUACAAACUCAUUGAAAAAUGACCUCAACCACUCCAACCAGUACGUGGUCGGCCUAGCUCUGUGCACCCUCGGCAACAUUGCCUCUGUCGAAAUGUCCCGAGACCUAUUUCCUGAAAUCGAAAACCUCAUCUCCACUGCCAAUCCUUAUAUCCGUCGGAAAGCCGCCCUCUGUGCAAUGCGAAUCUGCCGAAAGGUUCCUGACCUGGCCGAACACUUUCUCGAAAAGGCAAAACUUCUCCUACAGGACCGAAACCACGGUGUCCUCUUAUGCGGGCUCACUUUGAUCACGAGCAUGUGCGACGCAGACGAAGCCGAAGGUGGCGAAGAGGGCGUGGUCGACAUGUUCCGCCCUGUGGUCCCACAUCUCGUGCGGACACUCAAGAGCCUGACCAGCUCAGGCUAUACGCCGGAACACGAUGUUUCUGGGAUCACCGAUCCCUUCCUCCAGGUCAAGAUCCUGCGCCUUUUCCGCACCCUCGGCCGAGGAGACCCCGCAACCAGUGAACAGAUGAAUGACAUUCUUGCACAAGUAGCUACCAACACCGAGUCGACCAAGAAUGUGGGCAACGCCAUCUUGUACGAGGCCGUGUUGACCAUUCUCGACAUCGAGGCUGACUCUGGCCUAAGAGUUUUGGGGGUCAACAUUCUGGGCAAAUUCUUGGCCAACAAAGACAACAACAUCCGAUAUGUGGCCCUCAAUACCCUGGUCAAAGUGGUGGCAAUUGAGCCGAAUGCAGUGCAGAGACAUCGCAACACCAUCCUCGAGUGCUUACGGGAUCCCGACAUUUCCAUUCGACGAAGAGCGCUAGACCUGAGCUUCACCUUGAUCCGUGGCGACAACGUUCGCGUACUUAUCCGGGAACUCCUCGCCUUCUUGGAAGUGGCGGAUAAUGAGUUCAAGAACGCCAUGACUCUCCAGAUUGGCAUUGCCGCAGAUCGAUAUGCUCCCAAUAAGAGGUGGCACAUCGACACCAUGCUGCGCGUAAUCAAGCUUGCCGGAAAUUAUGUCAAGGAACAAAUUCUUUCAUCAUUUGUGAGACUGAUUGCCACGUCGCCGGACCAGCAGACAUACUCUGUUCAGAAAUUGUAUGCUGCGCUCAAGGCCGACAUUACCCAGGAAGCCCUGACUCUGGCUGGAGUGUGGGUGAUUGGGGAAUAUGGAGAUGCACUCUUGCAGGGCGGAGCGUACGAGGAAGAGGAACUGGUCAAACAAGUUCAAGAGAGCGACAUUGUGGAUCUGUACACGACGAUCCUGAAUUCCACCUACGCAAAUCAGAUCGUGACCGAGUUCAUCGUCACAUCGGCGAUAAAAUUGACGACAAGAAUGUCGGACCCUGCACAGAUUGAAAGGAUACGACGCCUGAUGCAAUCGCGAACAUCUGACCUCAGUGUCGAGAUUCAACAGAGAGCAGUGGAAUACGGAAACCUCUUUGGGUACGAUUCCAUACGUCGAGGAGUGCUGGAGAAGAUGCCACCUCCGGAAAUCAAGGAAGAACAACGAGUUCUCGGAGAAGCGGCGAAGCCGGCGGGCGGAAGGAAGAAGGCUUUGAAAUCCAAGACGCACGGCAAGGUGGCCAAGACGAACGAAUCCGACAUGCUGCUAGAUCUGAUGGGCGGUUCAGACAUGCCAACAGUGGACGCGAAGGCGACGUUGAAUGGGCAGCAACAGACGGCCGAUCUGUUGGCCGAUAUUCUGGGGACUGGAACCUCGGCAUCGAGUCCUCCACCGCAGACUCUGGGCAAUACAGAAUCAAUCAUGGACUUGUUUGGCGGCUCUGCACCAAAAUCCAGCACACCGGGGCCAUCAGGGCCACAGGUACACCCGGCAUACAACAAAAACGGCCUGACGAUGACGAUGCAGGUAUCUCGAAGUGGAGGGACUGCGCAGAUCUUGGCUCGCUUCAAAGGCCAGGACGCAUUGGGUCAUUUCACUGGAGUUGGCCUACAGGCUGCGGUGCCCAAGAGCCAGAAGCUGACACUACAAGCGAUCAACAAGAGCAGUUUGAGCGGCGGGGAUGAGGCGACUCAGGCCAUGAAGAUUGUUGCUGCAUCAGGGGCAUUACCGACCAAACUGCGCCUGAGGCUCAAAGUGUCGUAUGCGAAAGAUGGAGGCCCGGGGAUAACGGAACAGGUCGACUGGACCGAGCCUUGAUCCAUGGGUGUCCUGGUGGUAACUCUGAAGAGGCACAGCACCGCAUUACGAUGUUCCAUCUUCAAAGGAAAAGGCACAGCACUCAAGACAUGUAUCUUUCAUAGCAUCGAAUCAAGCAGAUGUGAUAUUUGACGUGUCACGGUAGUCUUGCCUGUCCAUGUGGGAAUUUAGCCAUGACAGGACCUUGGGCCACGACCUCAUUCGGUCCAGUCUCGGACAACAGUACGGUACACAUUGGGUUGGUACGCGAGAGGGCUCUGAUCUGGUCCGACUUCCACCACACGGCCAACAGCCCUUUUCACACUCCACCAGACAAGCUGGCCAUCGCAAAGUGUUGACGACUCGCCGUCGCAGGCAAAGGGUUCUCUGGUGGUGCGGAAAGAGUCCGCCUGCGGAUGCCUUGAUUGGCGGACCUUUCAUGUUGCUCCUUCCGCAAAGAUUCUUCCUUGGCAGCUCCCCCACAUUGUGCCAUUAUUCGCCUGUGCCGCUUUUGCUUGCCCCAUCACUAAUUGGUGAAUCUCGCAGUCUCUCAUUGGACCAUCUGCCACUCCAACUUCAUGGCGGAAGUCGCCCGAUGCAAUGUGGCAAGAAAGUAAAUCUUGUUAAAGCAUAUUCCAACU